AAACUUUCAGACCUAGCCCAGGUUGAUGAUUUUGAAGUCAUGGAGCAAGGAAAAGACAAUGUACCAACUGAUGAGACAGGAGAAGCAGUUGAGGCAUUUCUUGGCUGGGGAGAUAUUGCCCUCUUGGUCAUCAUUGCUAUUCUUGGUAUCUAUUGGCUCUUCUUUCGCAACAGAAAGCCUGCUGAAUCUCCCACAAAGUCAUUCUCUAUUGCGCCUACAAGUGUCCCAGCUCGAGUGAAUGAUCGGAACUUCGUUUCCAAGAUGAAGAACUCUGGACGAUCAAUGGUAGUUUUCUAUGGAUCUCAAACUGGAACAGCUGAAGAAUUUGCAAAUCGCCUGAUGAAGGAUGCCAAACGUUAUGGCAUGAAGGCUAUGGUGGCUGAUCCUGAGGAAUGUGAGAUGGAAGACCUGGGUGAAGUGGGAACAAUUGAAAACAACCUGUCUGUCUUCUGCAUGGCAACUUAUGGGGAAGGGGAUCCCACUGACAAUGCACAGGAAUUCUAUGACUGGUUGCAGAAUGGAGGAUCAGACCUCAAUGGCCUCAAUUAUGCUGUCUUUGGUCUUGGGAACAAAACCUAUGAGCACUACAAUGCAAUGGGAAAGUUUGUGGACAAGAAGUUGUCAGAGUUAGGAGCAAUCCAAGUGUUUGAAUUGGGACUUGGGGAUGAUGAUGGAAACAUGGAAGAAGACUUCAUCACAUGGAAGGAGAAGUUCUGGCAAGCAGUUUGUGAACAUUUUGGUCUUGAGGCCAGUGCUGAGGAACUCAAUGUGCGGCAGUUCAGACUGUCCAUUCAUCAGGAAAUUCCUUCUGAUCGAGUGUUUGUUGGUGAACCAGCUAGGUUACAUUCCUUUACAACACAGAGGCCACCCUUUGAUGCCAAGAAUCCUUACAUGGCUCCACUGGUGGAGCUUCGGGAGUUACAUAAAGGAGGUGGAAGGAGUUGCAUGCACAUUGAGCUAAAUGUAGAGGGUUCCCGUAUCCGUUAUGAAGCUGGUGAUCAUGUAGCAGUGUUCCCAACUAAUAACAAUAUGCUGGUCGAACGACUUGCUCAACUCACAGGCACUGACCUGGAUAUUGUCAUCAGCCUUGUCAAUGUGGAUGACGAUUCUCACAAGAAACAUCCAUUCCCGUGUCCCUGUUCGUAUCGCACGGCAUUCCUCCAUUAUGUGGACAUCAGCAGCGCUCCCCGCACUCAUGUCCUGAAGGAGCUAGCUGAAUACUGCUCUGAUGAAAAGGAGAAGAGAGAUGAAUUUGAAAAACUCAGAGAUAUGUUGAUUCGGUUGCUUGGGAUGAGAAAGAACAUAGUGACUCUGAAGGAUACUGUGCCUCAGGAUGAAUGGGAAGAGUUACUCCAGAAUGUGAUUGUAUUCAUUGACCAUGGCAACAGAAUUUUGGGACUGGAUCAAGUGUUGAGGGGGCAUCAGUUCAAGUCUCAUCAUUCCAAUCAAAGUAGUCUGAUUCAGCUCUAUGAUGCACAUGAUGAAGCCCAUCGAAGGAUUGAUGAGGAAUUGGAGAAAUUUGGCAAAUCUUCCCCAGAACAGAGCUGCUCUCUCUGCAUUCGUGCAGAUGAAGCAUAUGGAAAUUUGAAAGGACAGGAAUUGCAGUUAAUUUUUUCUCUCUAUUCUACUAGCCAUCAGCCUCCUCAAAGGAUCACUGACAGUGUGAUCCUCAAGCCCAGGUGUAACCCUCAACAAGUUGGUGUCUUUCUGAAUGUCAGCACAGGGGAGCUUAUGUCACACAGGCUAUUUCUCAUGUGCCGUGUGAUUCAUGUUGGGCUCACACUUCUGCCUGAAGAGAACUCCAAAGGCAUGAGCCACCAGAUGAGUGGCUGGAGAAGACCAGUUGGCAUUGCUGGUGCUCCUCUUCCUGUAGCACUACUGGAAUCUCCUGAAGAAAUGCGUCUCUUUUUACCUUGUAUAUUAUGUGGAGAUCGUGAAUCUCUGGAUGCAACUCUCACCAGGUUCUUCAUUUUGCGUGAUGCUUCACCCAAGUCCAUAGGAAUCUCUGUUAUCCUGCAAGCUGUGACAGGAGAUCUGAACAAGGUCAAGGAGCAGGGAAUGGUAGAAAAAGAUUUUGUGCAUGUGCCUUUGCUAGGAGCAGAUCCUGGCAACUCAAAUGAUUUAUAUGUCACCAUCCUCCAAGGAGAAUUCUCUAAAGGCAAUAAAAGAAGCGAGAAGAAUGUUGAGGGUGCUGUUACACUUGGGAGAGGAAGUGAAUUUGCUGACAAGUAUUCCUCUUACAUCUACUAUCAUUCAAAUAAACCAGUCUGGAAUGAAACCUUCUGCAUUCUGAUUCCCUGGGAUACGCCUUCAGCAUGCCAUCAUUUGAAGUUCACCUUCAGACACAGAUCAUCAGUUGUAGAGAAAGACAGACAGAAGCCAUUUGCUAUCAGUUAUCUCCUGUUAGUUGACAAUAUGGGACGAGUUGUUGAAUGUGGGACUCAUGCUCUUCCAGUAUUCAAGAUUCUGGAUCCACGGAAGUGGCAUGAGAAUGACAUGGGUUACUUGAAACUAUCUGGAAUAGGGAAGCAUCCAAUUUACAGUCUCAGUCAGAAAGAAUCUUUCACUGUGUCCACUACCCUUUCUUCUAACAAGCUGACUUCCAAUCGUGCCCUUGUGUCAUUCAUUGAGUGGCCCAAGCUGGAUGGAGACAGAAUGGUCCUCCUGAACAGCCUCCAGUCCAUUCCAAAUGAAGAAAUUAUCAAAUUCAUUCCACGUGUAUUGGACUCAAUUUUUCGCAUCUUGGACGAGUCUCGCACAAGCAGGGAAAGAUGCUGCUUUCCAAGUGUACUCAAGGCUCUGGUGCAAGUCAUGAGUGUGACAGGAGAUGCUCGUUAUAGAUCUCAUGCUCACCUAAAGGUGGAAUUAUACAUUGCAGAAGAGUUCUACAGUAGAUGUGCUUACAGGGAUUUGCUGUGCUCACUUGUACACUUGGUUCAAGAUUACAAUGAAGUUGAGCAGCUGAGGAGAACAUUAAAGUAUAUUGAGCCUCUUGCUCGCUUGAUCAGCCGCUCCUGGGUCCUUUCCACACAACACUUUGAGGUGAAAAAUGGUGAAAAGGAUGAAGGAGGAAGACAUGAAUUCGAAAAGUUCUGGGAAGAGUUCUUUCAAGGUCUCUGUGAUCUUGUUUCAUCAACCUCUGAUCACUCUCUUGUGCUGCCUGGAGAAAUUCUCAAAUAUCUUCCAGCAAUCACCUCCCAUCUUCUUAAUCUCAUACACCACACCAACAUUGCAUGUUGGUGGAGGGAUUUGCUAGACGUGCUGCCCACUUGGCGAUUGCCAACUCAAGAAUUACUCUCUCUCCUUGCUCUGGCACAAAGUCCUCUCUUCACUUAUCAUGCAUCUCGCCUUGCUCUCUUGCCCCUCAUCACUCAUCUCCUCAAGGAACGCAUCUGCUGUCAAGAGGGAAGAACCAGCAGUGGAUCAUCUCUAUAUGUGUCUGGUAAAAGUGGCUCAUUGAGGGGAUCAAGAAACAAAGCUGAGCAGUUGCUCGGCUUAUCUGUGGCAGAUAUAUGGAAGUCAGAGGUUGAACUGAUGAUGCAGCUGCUCAAAUCAGUGCUCUUGGCAAUGUGGAAAGACAGGAAUGAGGGCAUAUCAGAGGAAGUUUCUCACCUCUCUCAGGAACUGCUCUCCCCACUGAUGGGCAUGCUCCUAUCAAGGAGAAAGGGCAAUCAGCUUGAUUCAUUGACUGAUCAACUCACUGUAGUGGUUGUAAUACUGUUGGAUCUGAUGAGUGAAAGUGACUAUCUGCUUUACCUACGGGGAGAUAAUACUUCACUCUUCCCUGGACUUCUCACUGUUGAGAGAGCUGAAGUUUUCCUUGAGUUCAUGCAGAAUCUUUUUGAUCCUGAGAAACCACUUUUCUCCAACAGUCAACAGCGAAUGAAACUUUUACCAAUGGUGAUUGGGCCUUUCCUAGAAAUGUCUCUAAUCCCAAAAGAAACUCUUCGAGAACAGAGCAUACCCCUAUUCUUUGAUAUCAUUCAGUGUGUUUUCAGCUCUCCAAGAUCAGAUGAUGAGAAUGCCUUGAAAUCCACAUGUGAGCUGGUGGAAAAUGAGCUCGUAAAUCAGGUGGACCAUCUCUUUGGCAUGGGAAGAGGAGAUGAUGCAUUCAAGGAUCAGUUCCACUCUAUAUUGACAGACCUCUCUUUUCAGCAUGAGGAUCUGAGAGACUCAGCAACAAAAAUGAUUGAAGUUGUAGUGGAGCAGAUGAAUGCAUUGUUGCAGUACUGGGCUGUAACUCGGGAGGAGAGUCAUGAAAUGAUUGUCAUUGCCACUGUUUCUCUCAUGAAUUUUUAUGAACGUGCAGGGCACCUAGGAAUGUACAUAAAAUACCUCUACAAGCUGUAUAAUCUACAUAUCAAGCAUGGGAAAGAUGCUGAAGCAGCUUUCACACUCCUGCUGCACAGCAAUCUAUUGAGUUGGAAAUCAGAUACUCUCACAAUGUCUCUCACUUCUCCUCACAUGCCACACAUAUCUUCUCAGGCCAAACUCAAAGAGGACAUCCUAAAAGAAGCCAUCAAACACUUCGACUCAGCUAUGUUGUGGGAAGAAGCUCUGAAGGUCUGUCAAGAGCUGGAGCACUUGUAUAAAAGUGAAGUUUUAGACUACUGUCAUCUGUCCUGGCUCCUCCAAUCGAUGGCAGGAUUCUAUGAUGCCAUCAUGAAUCGACAGCGACCAGAGCCACACUAUUUCCGAGUGGCCCUGCAUGGCAAGGGCUUCCCUCCUCUCCUGCAGAAUACAGUUUUUGUUCAUCGUGGGCAUGGGUAUGAGCAACUGGCAACCUUCAAUGAUCGGAUGCUUGCUGCUUUCCCAAAUGCAGAUCUCCUCCAAACCUUGGAUGUUCCACAAUUUGAUAUCCAAGAGUCAUCAUCUCAAUACUUGCAGAUCAAUAAAGUGGAUCCAGUGCCAAGCCCUGAAUUUGGCAAACUUCAGGCCAAAGCAGGAAGUCAUUCUCAGGUCCUCUCUUAUUACAAGUGUAAUAGAGUGCAGAAGUUUGCCUAUGACAGGUGCUAUAGGAGAGGAGAGGUUGCCUCACGCAAGACAGUGAGGUUCCAUUUGACCACAACCUCUAGCCUACCUGGAAUAAUGUCUUGGUCACCUGUGAUGGACACAAGAGAUGAGGAGUUAGGAGCUGUUGCAACUGCUGUCUAUGAAAUUGAAAAAAAGAAACAAGACCUACAAGCUUUAGUUGAGAAGUACAAAGCAGAAAAUGGAACAAAUUUCCCCAUCUCCAUGCUGGAGAUGAAAUUGAAAGGAAUCCUCUGCCCAGAAGUGAACAAAGGGCUUUCAGAAUAUGAGGAGGCUUUCCUCAGUCUGUCCUAUGCCAUGGAACAUCCUGAAGAAAGGGAAGGGAUAGAACUUCUUCGGAACACAAUCACAAAUUUGGUGCUAACAUUGAAAGAGGGGGUCAAGAUUUAUGGGUCUCAUUCAGCCUUCUAUACUCGAUUUAUGCGUCAUCUCACUGACCUUGAAAUCAAGUACUGUGGACGGAACCAUGAGGAUACUGCAGAUCCAGAGCUCAGUGACUUUAGCAUAUUGGUUCCUAGUGUGAGAUCACCACUGUCCCAUAGUGUUUCCUCCCUCUCGUUGCCAACAAGCUUCUAUUGGUGA